UAUUGUUAUGUAAAUGAUAAUCGUUUGUCGAAUCGAUUGUACUUAUUACUCCGCAAUUUUAGUUCUUCUCUCUUAAAGAAUAUAUUUCAAUUAAUAUGGCUCCAGAAAAUUUGGAUGACGACGCAGUUGUGAUUUCUGGUAUAUCCGGAAAAUUUCCAAAUAGUAAUAAUAUCAAUGAACUAAUUGAAAACCUUAUGAAUGGUGUCGAUUGUAUAUCGGACGAUCAUUCGAGAUGGCCAAAAAAAUUUCAACAAGUUCCGUCACGUAUUGGGAUAAUGCCAGAUAUUACAAAAUUAGACAAUAUUUUCUUCGGCAUUAGUUCCAGACUUGCGAAUUCGAUGGAUCCAAUAGUUAGGAUGUUAACAUCGUCUGUAUGGGAAGCGAUCGUUGACGCAGGAUUGAAUCCGAUGGACGUACGUGGAGCGAACAUCGGCGUCUUUGCAUCAUUAUCUUUCGUAGAAUCUGAUAAAACUGUUCUUUAUGAAAAAUACGAGCCACAUGGUUUGGGUAUGUUGGGAUCCGCUCGUACAAUGGCAUCAAAUAGAAUAUCCUUUUCUAUGGACUUUGUGGGUCCAAGUUGUACCAUCCAAUCAGCUUGUAUUGGUAGCGCAAUGGCUUUAAAAAAAGCGAUCGAAUCUAUACAAUCUGGUGAAUGCGAGGCUGCGAUAGUUGAUGCCGGAGUCCUUGUAUUGUUUCCGAAUAUCUCCUAUCAGUUGAGUCAAUUAGGUUUAUUAGCAUCGGACGGUGUAAAUAGAUCGUUUGAUGCAAAAGCAUCGGGAUAUACGCGUAGCGAAUCCAUAGGUGUCCUCUUUCUUCAAAAAGCUAAAGACGCUAAGCGUAUUUACGCCGAGAUAAGUGGUGCAAAUGUGAUGUUUGGCGAAUGUACGAAAGAUAACACUGCGAUGCACAAUACCGCUGAGUUUCUAGCGCAAAUAAUGAAGGAAACGUUGGAUCAAAACGGCCUAAAACCGAGCGACAUAACUUAUAUCGAAGCAGAUGGUUCGGCAAUCAAGAAAGUAGAUCGCGAGGAAUUGAAGGCGAUAGAUCUUGUUUAUGGUCAAGAUCGAAGUUCUUCCAAUCCUCUUCUAAUAGGAUCGAUCAAGUCAAAUAUUGGUCAUUCAAGUUGUACUAAUACAAUAAAUUCGAUUAUUAAGGUACUCAUUGCUAUGGAAAAAGAAGUUAUACCUCCGAAUCUUCAUUACGAGGAACCUCCAGAGGAUGCUAAUUGUCUUCGCGAUGGACGCGUAAAAGUCGUUACAAAACCGACACCCUGGACGGAUGGUUACGCUGCCGUAAACACUACCUCUUAUGGUGGCUCCUUUUCUCACGUUAUUCUAAAACGUCACCCGAAAAAUAAGAAAAAGAAAGAACUUUCAAUGAAUGAUAUACCUCGACUUUGCACAAUGUCUGUUCGAAAUAAGGAAAUGUUAACAGAGAUCUUUAAUGCAUUAAAGAAGAAUUAUGAAGACGAGGAAUUCAAACAGUUGGUUUCUGAUCUUAAUGAAAAACCAUUAAAUAACUCUUUGUUUCGUGGAUAUAUAUUAAUGCCACCAGAUGGUAAGACAAAUCCAGAAAAAAUUGUAGAAGAAAUUGUACCUAUAACUGAACAAUCUCAAGAGAUCUGGUUCGUUUUUUCGGGGAUGGGUUCACAAUGGACCGGGAUGGGCGAAUCUCUGAUGAAGAUACCAAUCUUUGCAGAAGCAAUAAAAAAAUGCGAUGCAGUUUUGAAACCUCGAGGAUAUGAUAUUGUGAAAAUUUUAUGUGACAAAGAUCCAACGACAUACAAUAAUAUUAUAAAUUGUUUUCUGGGAAUAGCGGCUGUUCAAAUUGGCCUGGUGGAUAUUUUAUACGCAGUCGGUGUAAAACCAAAUUAUAUGAUCGGUCAUUCUGUGGGUGAACUGGGUUGUUCUUACGCGGAUGGUUGUUUCACCGCUGAGGAAAUGAUUUUGAGCGCUCUAUCUCGAGGUCUGGCAUCGAUAGAAAGCGAUUUGAUACAUGGCUCUAUGGCAGCAGUUGGUCUUGGUUAUGAACAGGUGAAACAUCUUUGUCCCGAAGACAUCGAUAUUGCUUGUCAUAAUGGUGUCGAUAGUUCUACCAUAAGUGGACCAGUUGAAUCCGUAAAAGCUUUUGUCAAAGAAUUACAGGAGAAAGGAAUUUUCGCUAAAGCCGUGCCAUCUGGUAAUAUUGCUUAUCAUAGUCGUUACAUUGCACCGGCUGGUUCAAAAUUGUUGGAAUACUUGAAAAAAGUUCUUCCUCAUCCGAAAACUCGCAGUAAACGUUGGCUAUGCACCUCUGUUCCGAAAAAUGAAUGGCAAUCAGAUAGAGCGCGCCUAUCAUCGGCGGAAUAUCAUACCAAUAAUCUUCUUUCUUCCGUUUUAUUCGAAGAAGUCUUGACCAUGUUACCAAAUAACGCAAUAACUAUUGAAAUUGCACCCCACGGACUUCUUCAGGCUAUUUUGAAAAAAUCAUUGCACAGCGAUUGCGUUAAUUUAGCAUUAACAAGACGUGGCCAUGAGGACAAUACAUCUUUACUUCUAACUACUUUAGGAAAGCUUUAUAAUCUUGGGUAUCCUAUCGCGUUGAAAGAGUUAUAUCCGCGAAUUCCAUAUCCUGUUUCUAAAAAUACACCAUUGAUUUCUCCCCUCGUCCGAUGGGAACAUAGCACUAAUUGGUACGUAAGUUUCUUCGAGGAGUCCAACACAACUUCAUCUUCACAAAAAACGUUCAUGUUGGAUUUAAAAUCAGAUAAAUACAAAUAUUUGGAAGAUUUUAGAAUUGGCAACGAUAUAAUAAUACCUUUAAGUGUAUACUUGCAUUUUGUUCAAGAUAUUCAGUUAUCAUUAGUAAAAGACACUGAUCAAUUUUUCAUAUUUGAGAAUAUUAUUAUUCACAAUGUAUUACUAAAAGUACCGGAUAAUAAUAUCCUUAAGUUGGUAAUUAUGGUGUCGAAAGGGUCGGGAUUAUUUGAAAUAUUGAUGAACAAUAAUAUUAUGAUAGCCUCUGGAACUAUAACAUCGACAAAUAUGUAUCCAAAGGAAUAUCCUGAUGUGAGUUCAUUAAAAAAAGAAAAGCAAAUAUAUACGAGAGAAGAUUUUUAUACGAACCUAUUCAUGCAUGGUUAUGAAUAUGGAGAAUUUUAUAAAUGUGUUAAUAGACUAUCGUCAACCUCUUCAAAUGGAGAGCUUACAUGGAAUGACAGUUGGGUACCAUUACUGGAAGGAUUGUUCCAAGUACAAAUUUUUAAUAGCAAUAAUAAACAUAUAUUGAUGCCAAGUGUAAUACAAAAGAUCGUCAUUAAUAUAAAUGAAUUCAAAAAAGAAACGAACGAAAAAAAAGUUGUACCGAUGAAUUACAACAAAUGGAUCAACAUGAUAGCUUGUACAGGUAUUGAGAUGAGAGGUGUUGAAUUUACGGAAUUAACAGCAGAAAACAUUGGUGAGAAUUUAUUUAUGGACGAAGCUCGAUUUAUUCCAAACGUAGACGAAACGCAGAUGAAUAUGAUCGACGUUUGCCACAUAGUACUAACAUUACUUUCGGAAAAUAUUUGUGAAAAUACUACGAGAAAGAUAAUGCUGGUACAAGAGUCAGCAUCACAUGAUCAAGAUAAUAUUUCAGAGUGUUUUGAUAAAAUAUUGGAGACAACGAAGCAUAACUUCGAAAUAAAAUGCGUUGCUAAAGAGAAUCUUAAUCAGAUGCUUGACGAAAAGUUUACUUUGAUGAUCAUCGACGGCACUCAUUUUAAUGAUAUAAGAAACAUUAUUAAUAAUACAGAUAAAGAAUCAUUUCUAUUGAUAAUCGUAAAAAUGGAAAAUCAAGAUAAACUAAUUGAGGCACUUACAUAUGUAGGAUUAAGUCUCAUUCUAAAGAAAAAAAUAGUUUCUGGUCGUACGGUUUUGCUUUUACGAAAAGUUGAGGAUUCAAAGAAACCAAUUGUCAUUAAAAAUCAGGACAAUUGCAUUGAUCAACUGAAGAAGAGUUUAACAGAUUCAAAAUAUGACAAAGUUAUCUUUUUGGUGAAUACUAUUACAGAAAAGAAUGUCUUUGAGACACUUCGAGUUCUGAAACAAGAGCCAGGAUACAAAAAACUUCAAAUUUUCGAUCUACAAAAUUCAAAAGCACCGAAAUUUUCGCUUGAAAAUACAUUUUAUCAAAACCAGAUAAAAUUAAACCUUCGUCAGAACGUAUUGUCGUCCGAUAAUGUAUGGGGCGCAUACAGUUGGGUGCCAUUGUCUAAGAAAUCUAUUUCUUCGUCGCGUUGGCGAGCUAAUAUUGAGAAAUCUGGUUCAUUAACCUUGACCGAAGAAUUACCAUUGAUCAAAGAGAAGGAUAAAAGUAUUGUUAAAGUAGAGUAUGCUGCAUUCGAUUUAAAUAUUUACGAGCAUUGGUUGGACAAUGACGUCAGUUUAGAUUCUCAGAUAUCUAUCACAGAAUAUUCAGGAACAGACGAAAAAGGUCGCAGAGUAAUGGGACUUGUUCGGAAUUUAACGAUAACGAAUGAGAUCUAUCUCGAUCCAGAUUUUACUUGGGUCAUUCCAAACUCUUUGAGCUUCGAAGAUGCUGCAAUAAUGCCUCAAGUUUAUUUUGCAGCUUUUUGCAUUUUAAAUUCGAACAAAUAUUGGUUAACUAGAACAAAAACUAUUUUGAUACACUUUGGUGCUAGCGACCUAGGACAAGCUCUUAUUAAUUUAUCUUUAUCCUACAAAUUUGAUGUCUAUACGACUUACGAAACGGAUGCCGAAAAACGAGUCAUCCAGUCUAUUCGACCACGUAUACCGGAUUCUCAUAUCCUUUCUGUUGAUAACUAUAAACAUUUCUUACUCGAUAUAACGAAUGGCAAAGGCAUGGAUUUCGUUGUUGCAAGUUAUUCGAUCUUGAACGAUCUCGAAUCUUCUCUAGACGUUGUCAGAUGUCAUAGAAACAUCGUAUUGGUUUACAAUUCUAAAAUAAGUAAUUACGGAACUUUUGGUACAAAUACUUUUCUAAAGGAUAUUCGUAUGUACAGCUACUGUUUGCAAGAUUUAAUGAAUUUAUCAGUGAAAGUGAAAAGCAAUGUAGGGGAGUUGAUGAAAAAAGCUCUACAAGCGGGUACCUUAAAACCACUUAUUUCCCGUAAACUUCAUUUUCCAAAAACGACGCAGGAGGAAAGUAAAAUAGAAGUUAAUCAACAUUACGGAAAAGUAAUAGUCUCUCCGUUGAAACAGGCUAAGUCUUCUCUUAUUGUUCCUAGCUUAUGCUUUGAUAAGGACAAAUGUUACUUCAUUGUCGAGGGUUUGGAUAGCUUUGGUAUGAGAUUGAUAAAAUGGUUGAUUGAUGAAGGUGUUACAAAGUUAUUCGUAGUUUCUAAAGAAACAGGCAAAGAGAGUGAAGAAUACUAUCUAAAAAAAUUGUGUGAACACGGAGAAAGGCUUGUCUUACAAAUGGGAGUUGAUUUGACGAAUGUGAAAGUGGUACAAAAAUUAUUAAAAGAAGCUUCUUCUUUAGGUCAAAUAGGUGCUAUUUUCGACUUACAAAGAGCAAAUAAAGAAUUUUUGUUUUCUUCAUUUAAUUCGAUCACAAUCACUCAAAUAUUUAAUCAAGAAUCAAGGAGACUUUGUCCGUCGCUCGAAAAUUUCGUUGUUUUUGAGUUUUAUAAUGAGAACGAAGCCUCUUCGGAAGUCUUCGCGAUGGAAAAAGUUUGCAAACAAAGAUCAAUAUCGGGUCAACAUGGAAUACUUAUUCUUAUACCUAAUUUAUUCAAAAUUACACAAUCCCAACUUCAACCGAAGGCAGAAUGUUAUUUGGAAAUGGUGAAUUUGUUGAAACAGUUGAAAGUUUUACUCAAAAUGAACUCUUCCGUAAUCUUUUUAUAUCACAAAAUUGUUAAAAAAUCUAUUGUUAUUGAAAAUUUGGAGGAAGAGGAUAUGAAUGAGGAGGAAUAUGAUCGUAAAUGUUUCGAGAAGUAUUUAUAUGUACAACAAUCAACCAAUGAAUUAUUUACUUAAUUUAAAAAUCUCAAUAAUUUACAUCAUCUUGAAGAAUAUUAUUUGGAGCAAUAAUUUUUUCUCGGAUACACACACAACAGAGACACGGACAAACAGUGAUUUUUAUAACACGAUUUGCGCUUAGGAUAUUCUAUCAAAGAAAGUUCGAUUGAAAUAGAUACAUAAAUUUAUUUUAGAGAUUGUUGUUAGUAAUAAAUAAAAGAUAUAUUUAUGAUUUUAA